AUGCCUGCCCCGCGAGUUGGGACCCAUGCGCUGGUCGUCGUCGUCGUCGCCGCCGCCGUUCUUCCUGCUUUGACGCGUGUAGCUUACUACCCUGUCGUUCUACUCGUCUUCCUGCCGCUCUUCUUGGCCCUACUCUGCAUCACCCACUUCGCCGGCUAUGUCCUGUUGGCUAACCAUCUCGACGCCAAGUACCACGAAGGAGCCAACCGCUCGCUACGUGCUGCCCGACCUCUUGCCUUCUCGACGCCUGCGGCGUGGCAGGCAGUGUUGACGCGGUCGCAAUGGCACAAAUCCCCCCAAUCAUUCACGCAUCUCGUCCCGCAAUAUCCCACCGUCUCCGCCAUCCUAAACGAGAUCCUGAUCAUGAUAGUCCGAGACUUCGUCUUGACGUGGUACAAGGACAUAUCCUCUUCUCCCUCCUUUCCCACCGCAGUUUCCUCUACACUGCAUAGCUCUAUGGAACGUCUCCUUGACCGCACGACGAACAUCGAUCUCCCAGUGCUCAUCGUAAAGCGCGUCCUCCCAAAAAUAACGACACACCUCGAACAAUUCCGGCAGUCGGAAACGACCCUUCGUGGCGCAGGGCUGGAGCGCAGGCUGACCCAGUCCGAGGAGCUGGACUUGCUUCUGGCCAGUCGAUACGCAAGCAGAGGAGCGAAGCUGCAUCCCGCGGUAAAUAACCUGUCGUCCACCUUCACACGACAAUCAGAGGAGGAGCAUCUGCGGAAGCUAGUUGACAAAGUACUGCCAUUGAUCCUGCCGGAGAACGAGGCUCGCAGUGCCGCCGUCAAGAUUGUGGCGCGCGAGAUAGUGGCAUGCUCUGUGCUGUACCCCGUUGUCGACAUGUUGUCCGAUCCCGAUUUCUGGAAUCGUACCAUAGACCAGGUCGCAGGUGCCGCCAUUCAGCAGCAGAAGUUGGUAUCGCGGGUACGCAACGUCCUGGAAGCCCAAUCACCGGGGCAGCCUUCCUCGGACGUUUCUCCAGCAACUUUGGCGCCGGAGGCCAUCACCAUCAAUACCGAUCCUCGUCACUUCGAUGCGUUUCUGCGCAGCAUCAGUCGUUGCUCGUCCUUGCUGGAUGCUAGGCGCCUGAAGAACGACAUUGUUGGCGAGAUACGAAGGACGCGCGCCUUGCUAGCAAACCACGAGAACGAAGAAUGGAUUAACGGCAAAAAAACUGAAGAUAUAAUAUCGUUCCUUGACCGUUUGUACACUGCCCGGCGCAAGGUAGAGAAGCGGAUAUCAAUACUAGGUGGUGGAGAGCAAGAAACGGUGGCCGUAAAUUCAGAUGCAGACUCGGAGAGCACUCAAAGCCUGAGUCUACGUGACGUACUGUCGAAUCCGAGCUCGCUGUCGUAUUUCAUGGAGUUCAUGGACCGCAGGCACCGCUCCCUACUCGUACAAUUCUGGUUAACGGUGGAAAGCUUCAAGGAUCCGCUCGAAACUGUGGAUUCUUCUUCGUCCGGUGACGAAGAUGAACUGCUGCAGGCGCCCGCUGAUGCAGUUACGGUCAGAGAAGACAUCUCCAUGAUCUAUGACCUAUACUUCUCUUCCUCGACUCCUCCUGCUGCGUUGUCCAAUAUCUCCCGCAAGUAUAUAAACGCGAUCCGCGAAUUCGCGACCGGCGAGCAAUCAUCCUCACCUAUCGUGGAAAGGAAGGUACGGCGCAGUGUACUGCUGGCCCAAAAACAAGCGGAGCAGGAGAUGGAACACGACUUCGGUGACUUCCGGCAAUCAGAGCUGUGGUUUCGAGUGGUAGGAGAUUCUGGGAUGCCGCUAUCCGCGGCGAGACAGAAGCAGUCUCGGUCGUCACCCACCUCACCCAAACUCGCUCGAACAUCCUCGGGGGAUGCAAGGGGGUUCAUGCCGGCUGCCAGUCUAGUUUCGCGGGCAGAUUCCACAUCCAGUUUGGCCUCCGGCACACCUACCCCAUCAUGGGCGCUGGGAUCUUCCCACUCUUCAACUUCCGAGCCUUUCCCAGCUGCGAUAUCUUCCCGACCAGCCACCUCGAACUUAGCGCUUCUCAUGUCAUCCGAUGCAGGGUCUCUGGCGAGUCUGCGCACGCCCGGGUCCAACAAUGCCGACAUACUCAGCCGCUUGUCGGGUCAGACGUUGGAUCAUGACAUCCAGCAUCGAUGGUCCGAAGAACAUAUCGUCGAUGCUAUCGGUUACUGA